GCCUCCUGCUGUGGGGCGGGGGCGGGUUAAAGACAGAGGCGCCCUAGCGCAUGCGCCGUGGAUUUCUGUGAAGCGGUUGGGCGGGUUCGAAACGAAGCUCCGACGGCUUGGCUGGCAAGGAGAUCGGGGCGGCGACCAGAGUGAUUGAAUCUCCAGAAAGAUGUCCAAGGACUGCUUGUUUUCUCCCCUUGUCUGCAACUGCUUCAUACUACUGCAGCUUGGCUUGAGCCCUUGAGUUUAGCAGAGGCAAUAAAUAUAAGUAAAACAAAGUUUUCAUACAAGCAACAGCCUGCUGAAAAGUUUACAAAUCCAGAAACUCCUGGUUAUGUUGGAUUUGCAAACCUUCCCAAUCAGGUUCAUCGGAAGUCUGUGAAAAAAGGCUUUGAGUUCACCCUUAUGGUAGUUGGUGAAUCUGGAUUGGGAAAGUCUACGCUGAUAAACAGCCUCUUCUUGACAGAUCUAUACCCUGAAAGGAUAAUUCCAGGAGCAGCUGAAAAAAUCGAAAGGACCGUGCAGAUUGAAGCUUCAACCGUUGAAAUUGAGGAAAGAGGUGUAAAGCUCCGUCUUACUGUGGUAGAUACACCAGGUUAUGGUGAUGCCAUCAAUUGUCGAGAUUGUUUCAGGACUAUUAUUUCCUAUAUUGAUGAACAGUUUGAACGCUAUCUUCAUGAUGAGAGUGGUUUGAACAGACGGCAUAUUGUUGAUAAUAGAGUUCACUGUUGCUUCUAUUUUAUUUCACCAUUUGGCCAUGGUCUCAAGCCUUUGGAUGUUGAGUUCAUGAAAGCCAUACACAACAAAGUGAACAUUGUGCCUGUAAUUGCAAAGGCCGAUACACUCACUCUGAAGGAGCGGGAAAGGCUCAAGAAAAGGAUUUUGGAUGAAAUUGAAGAGCAUAGCAUCAAGAUUUAUCACUUGCCUGAUGCUGAAUCAGAUGAGGAUGAGGACUUUAAAGAACAGACCAGACAUUUGAAGGCCAGCAUUCCAUUUUGUGUAGUGGGGUCCAAUCAGCUGAUUGAAGCCAAAGGUAAAAAGGUUAGAGGCCGCCUUUAUCCAUGGGGAGUUGUUGAAGUGGAGAACCCAGAGCAUAAUGACUUCUUGAAACUAAGAACCAUGCUAAUCACCCAUAUGCAAGAUCUUCAGGAAGUGACUCAAGACCUUCACUAUGAAAACUUCCGUUCAGAAAGACUUAAAAAAGGUGGCAGGAAGGUAGAAGAUGAGGAAGUUAAUAAAGACCAGAUCUUGCUUGAAAAGGAAGCUGAACUCCGUCGUAUGCAAGAGAUGAUUGCAAGAAUGCAGGCGCAGAUGCAGAUGCAAAGACAGGGAGGUGAUGGAGACUCCAAUGUGGCCCAUGGGCACAAAGUUUAAAUUAUUUGAUAAUUUCAUUAAUUGGAGCCAUUUGAGACUUGUGAUGCUAUGGUAUAUGAUCAGGAGAGAGGCUUCUUGCCCUGCUGUGUCUUGGGAGUUGCAUUCACAUUCAACGUGCAAAUGCAUUGUGGUCAUUUUUGUAAUGUCUACUUUGUAAAACAAAACUUUGUCAACAUUUUUAAUUUUUUGAUGUAAUGUGAUUUUUAUUACCUUUGAUAGUUUCUACUCUCUUACUGAGCUGAUUUUUAUUAACAUCACACCGGGUAUACAAAUAUUCAGACUUUCUCUAAUCAGCCUCAUAAUAUUCAUCUGAUGGUAAUGAAUUCUUACCAGUUUUGUGUGUGUUUGUUUUUUUGUACGAAGAGCGCAAGUAAUCUUUCGCCAUGAUCCCACAGUCCAAAAUCUGCAUAUGUGCUUUGGAUUUUCUCUCUAGCCUUCCCUGGUUCCUGGCAUUAUUUUUACACACACACACACACACACACACACACACACACACACACACACACACACACGGUGAUGGGGUUGGGGGGACUUUUAAACCAGUAUCCUCCAAGUAUUAAAAACUGUAAAGUGCUCAUAGGAGCUCUUGCUAGGGAAGACUGAAAAACGGCUGAGUAAAUAUUUGGACUUUGGGAUGGAGCACUUUGUAAGUUGUUCAAAGCCAAUAUACAUGACAAAGCAGGGAAUUGUUUGGUGCCAUCUUUUCUUAUAUCUCGUAGCAUAUAGGACUGUGUGCCUAUAACAUGCUUGAGUGCUCUGCCUGUCUAAGGUGGUACAGCCAUUUUAUCAGUAAACUACCAUGCAUGUACUUCUGUCUUAACUAAGAAAAAUCAAUUUAAGUUUUAAAGGUAAGGCGCAGUUUAGAAAACAAAUCCUAUCACAUCUUCAGUAACAGAUCUUUGUGUUCGGCCUGACCAAAAAAAAAAAUCCCCUCAGGCAUGUGGUAUGCUGUAAUAAAAGGAGAGUAAGUAUUCUCAUAGAUUGGCUUCUGUUCUCAGCCUCUUUACUGCCCAGGCCCCAAGUGCCCAGCUAUGGGUAUUUGCACUGCACUUUUCUGUAAACUAAAACAGCUGUUUUAAAAGGCAGUUUGAACUUUAGAAGAGGUAAAGUGCAUAGCAGAGGUGUGCAUGGACUGUUUGCCACAGUUCGGUCCGAAUUCAGACUGAACUCCAGGUCUGUGAGCCGGUUCUGUUGAACCAAGCAGCUAGGUUGGUUGGUUCGAUGAACAAGCUCGAACCAAUUCAAAGCUGUUCACAAUCUAACUGGCCCCGUUCGCUGUGAAUCGGUUAAUGACCGAACCAGUUCUGCAUAUCCCUAGUGCAUAGAUACACAGGAAAGAGUGUGUACUGCCUCAGAUGUAACAAGGAGCCAGGAUUAAAUCCUGGCUUUGCACAAUGGCCCAGAGCUUCAGGAAUGCUCACACCCCCAUUCCCCAUACACACAUUAGUGUUGGAAGAAAUCUGGUUCUGGUUAAGAACAAGCCAGUUAUAAUUGAAACCAUGCAAUCCUGGCUUGUGUCUGGUUCAGAUGUUAGUUUGUUUUGGAACUUGGCUGGAAUACACCAGGAUUGCUUAGUUCAGACCUGAUGAAAUACCCUUGGCUUGUUUCUAAUCAGAAUCAGAAGUAGAAUUCUGACUCUUGUGCAUGGAAGGAAGAGGGGGAGGAAUGUGCCUGAGUCAUGCAAAGCCAGGGCUUAAUACUGUCUCUGUGUUGCAUCUAAACCAGCCCAGUGACAUUAAAUCUUAUCUCAUUUAGCACUCUAGCUUAAGGAACAGAUGGAACCUUUGGGGAAUCUACAGGUUCUGUGUGAGGAUCUUUUCUUGGUCACUGCUGCAUAUCAGACAUCGUGUUUUCAUGUCCAUAUACUGUAUUUUGACAGAAUGAGAACUCAAAAACAAGGGAAACCUUUUCUCCCCUACAUCUGCAAGCAAUGCCAAACAAAGUUAAUGAUGUACAUAUGUACAAAAUAUUGCGAAUAUUGAUGUGCAGUGGGAAAACUGCCCAUGUGAGGAAGAUUCUAUGUGAUCAUUACAUUGGUUUUCCCUUCUUUAUGUUUAAAGUUAAGUUCAUUUUGCUAAGAUAAUAAGUACUUGCUUGUUCUUUAAGCCAGGCUUGAUUUUCUUGCUUUUCCAUAGUGACAACUUCUUCUGGGCUAGGUUUUUAUUGGCAUAAAUGAAGUAAUAUUUACAUUGAAAAUUCCAGUAUGCAGUAGAGCUGAAGCGGGAAGAAAAGUUGCUUACAAACUAGUUGUAUUUCUCCUUUGAAUAUUUGCCUGUUUUCUUCUGUCUCCAUUUGACAAACUGCUGGAUUCAACUGCUGCUAUUGCAGAAUUUUUUGUUAAUAUAGUUUACACCUCUGUGCCAAAAGGCUGAAUGUGGAUAUUAUCACAUAAUCCUGACACCGUUUCUAAACAUUACAUAUACUUCUUACUUAAUAUAAUUUAAUCCUGCAUGUGCUUCUGCAAACUGUUGUUUUGUCUCUAAAUUAUUGUUGUCAUUUAAUUUUUUAAUGUGUUUUAAGCCCAGGUAAUACCUGCUUCUUUUAAACAAGUUCCUGGGCUUGCCUCUUACACUGCCAAAACGGAAACUGAUUAGCAAGAAAUGAACAAAGCAGAACUCAUUGACUUGGUUUUAUUAGAGAGGGGAAAUAAAAUAUAUGGAAUUUAUAUAAUUCAAAAACAUAAUUUGCAUACUGUAACACACACAAAAAUUGCUGUUUUUAAAAAUCUUCCAGCAAAUUGUUUACAAAAAUUUUAUAAAUUGGCCAGAAAGCUUGUUUGUAUGUUUUCUUUAUCCUUCCCUCACCAGAUGUAGCAACUAAAAUCAGUUUGUAAUCUUUAUUGGAUGAUCACAAAGAUUAUUGGGGUUAAAUUAUGCUUUUUGUUUUUAACACACUUUGUGGAACUGUCUGAUCUGGAUCGUGAUCCGUUGAUUCCAUAAGUAGAUGGGUUCUGCGCCUGCGCAGGCGCAGAACCCAUCUACUUAUGGAUUCAACGGAUCACUACCAGAUCACCUGUUACAGGUAAGCAACCUGUUUUUUUGCCAAGAACAUGACCACACUUCAGUGUAUAGGUCAUUACUAUAAUAAACUACCUAAGCAAGAAGAUAUUUUACCAGUAUUAAAAAAAAUUGACACACACACACUGCACUUUCUCAAUAACUAGUAUAAUUAACCCUGUAUAUGAUGUGUCUUGGCUUUCUUUAAAUUAAGUAAACUCCUACAUAUGCUAUUUGCCUGCAUUCUGGUGGCUAUGAUUUAGAAUUUUAUUACAUAGUAUGGUCUUUACCUGUGGAAUUUAUUUCGAAGUGUCUUGGCUUUUUAUUAUAGCAUGUAACAAAAACUGCUAACGUUUAGUUAGUAAGCAGUUGGAAACUACUCAUUUUCGCUUUUUUAAUUAUUGUUGAAUAUUUUCCAAUUAAAUGAUAUUAACACUUUUACUGGGUUUUUUAUAUUUGGAUAUUCAAAGGGCUAAUUAUUGUAUAAUACAAACUAACACAUUUGGUUUCCUGUAUCCUGACAUUAGCCAAGACAAUAAAAGUAACCAAUAAUGUGUA